AUGACUAACAAUGAGGUCGAGUAUGAGGCUGUGAUUGCAGGAUUAAGGCUGGCACUCAAGUACGGAGCGAGGCGGAUCGUCCUAUGCCGCGACUCUCAACUCGUUGUCAACCAAGUCACAUGGACUUUCCAGAUCAAAGAGCAAAGGUUACAAAAGUAUCAGGCCGAGAUCUGCAAGCUGCUGCCCGAAUUUGAUGAAUGCCAGCUCGACCAGAUCCCUCGAUCCCAAAAUAUCAAAGCAGGCGGCCUCGCCAAACUAGCGGCGACCACUAAAAGCAUAAUCGGAGAAGGAAAUAUGGACGGCUUGCUCCCAGAUGAUAAAAAAGAACCCAAGAAGCUUCGAAUGCAAGCGGCCAGCCUUCCCAAAGAAAUCAGUUGUGACAAUGGACCCCAAUUCACCGGGAAAAAUGUCGUCGAGUUCUUCGAGAAGUGGCAUAUCCAAAGAAUACUCUCCACCCCAUACCAUCCCAUAGGCAAUGGGCAAGCGGAGUCCUCCAAUAAAUCAAUAGUGAACAUCAUGAAGAAAAAACUCGGGAACGCCAAGGGACUAUAG